AUGGCAAAGAACAAGCGUCAGGCAUAUGCCGUCAGCGCUAAGGCGGGCUACGACACCGCCGCCGAGUCUUGGUGCACCGGCCGUGCUGUUGCACGUAUCCCUCGUGCCCCUGGUGGCGGCACUCAUCGCGCAGGCCAGGCGGCUUUUGGCAACCAGGCCCGUGGCGGCGGCAUGUUCAACCCGACACGCAUCUGGCGCCGCUGGCACCGCCGAGUGAACGUGACCAAGAAGCGUCACGCCGUGGCCGUUGCCCUGGCAGCCUCCAGCCUGCCCCCACUGGUCAUGGCCCGCGGCCACAGGAUCGGAAAGGUCGCUGAGCUGCCUCUUGUGGUCAGUGACGGCCUGGAGUCCGUGACGAAGACCAAGCAGGCCGUUGAGUCCCUGAAGAAGCUCGGUUGCGGCGAGGAGCUCCAGAAGGUCCUGGACUCCAAGAAGAUUCGUGCCGGCAAGGGCAAGGCCAGGAAUCGCCGCUUUGUGCGCCGAUUGGGACCCCUGGUCAUCUACAACGAGGACAACGGCAUCGUCCGUGCCAUGCGCAACGUCCCGGGUGUGGAGACGGCCCAUGUGGAUCGCCUGAACCUGCUGCGUUUGGCUCCAGGCGGCGCCUUCGGCCGCUUCCUGAUCUUCACCGAGAGCGCCUUCAAGAGGCUCUCCGCCAUCUACGGCACCCGGAAGGGCGGCGCGCCAAUGAAGAAGGGCUACACCCUGCCGCGGGCUGCCAUGGCUAACGCGGACUUGGCGCGAAUCAUCAACAGUACCGAGGUGCAGUCCGUCCUCCGCCCGAAGAUCGAGCCCCCCACAUUCAGCAAGAAGAGGAAUGCCCUGAAGUCCAAGGAGGUCAUGGAGGAGCUGAACCCAGGCUCCACGGAGCGGAAGGCGAAGGCCGGCAAGAGCUCCGAGAAGGGCACCGCGGAAUUCAACGAGGUGCAGAAGCAGAAGAAGGCCCGCAUUGAAGAGUCGAAGAAGUACAACAAGACGAACAAGAAGGGUGAUGAGACUUUCUACAAGACCCUCAUGAAGGCGUUCGAAGCCCGCGCAGCGGCUGAUGCUGCCAAGAAGGCCGCCGACAAGAAGGAGGCCGAGGGCGGCGAGGAUGACGACGAGUGA